AUGAAGCGGUAUGUGGGCCAGUGGGUGGGCGAUGAUAGUGAGCUGAAGGGCCCGGGGAAGUUUGUCGUUGGCGACGACGUUAUACCCAUGGUAACUACACCAGAGGAAAUCGACUGGUCGACAUCGACUACCGUGGCGUGGCGAUUUGACCCUACCAUAAAUGCCGAGGCGUUGUUGGCCAUAGUCCCCGCACACUGCCAGUUGGUGGUGGUGUACACUAUGGGCCAACACUCACCGCGCACUCACUGGGGAAACAUCGGUGCUGCAACGGACCUGCGAAUACUCCCCGCCAUAUAUAUCGAGACUACUACUACAGAAUUUGAUCGACGAUGGACGUGUAUUGAUUUAGCAUUAGUGUGGGUGGGUAAUGACGUUAACGAUUUUGGUAUAGCCAACUGGCUACUAUCGGCGACAUCGACGGUAAUCACUAGCCACCCGGAACGGCUCCGUGCCAUUGCUGGAGUUGACUGGUGGCUCGACCCAUUGGCUCCUGCCACCACCGAUAUGACUGUCGACGUCUAUAACACGUUUAGUGCCGAUAGCGCCAAGUACCAGGCCUAUGCCGACGCCGUGGAACUCGCCAUAACCGAUUGGCAGGCUCCAGAACCACCAACGGUGAUGAUAGUGGGGGCAGGCACGGGACUUAUAGCUGAUGCCAUUGCCCAUUUAGGGUACGGCAAGCUUGAAAUUGUGGAAAAGAACCCUCACUGUUAUGGAACUCUCGAAGCCAAGCUGGCGGGAUGGCGUGAUUGUCGGCUCCAUUUGACUUCAGUAACGCCCACCAUCGCUGAUGCCGACAUUAUAGUUCUGGAGAUGCUUGGUUCGUUUGGCGAUAACGAGCGGUUCCCCGAGAUUCGCCAACAAAUGCCCAUGUCGACAGUAUCUAUCCCUCAACAGUACUCUCUGGUAGUGUACCCUAUCCAUAGCCAUCACUCAGUACCGGGAUUUCGUCCGUAUGUGGCUAAACUCUCACGGUACUACCCACUUGCUGACGCCACCGAGAUAUGGCGUUUUGAUGGUGGUAAUGACGGUACUGAACGUCACGGUUCGGUGUCGUGGACAGCAACGGAAGCAGGCACGAUAAAUGCGAUCAUGGGGACAUUCAGAGCCCAACUAUACGGUCACGUCGCCAUCCACAAUUGUCCAGCAACUCCGCUGCUGUUGGUUAACGGCCAGUAUUGCUCGCUGUGGUUCCCCAUGGUAUUCCCUGUAGCCGACUACCAUGUGGAAAUUGGUGACACUAUUACUUUUGCAAUGUGGCGCCGGCUGGACUCCAAUCGAGUAUGGUAUGAAUGGCAAUUUCAAGGAACUCGGUAUAACAUUGAUGGCACCCACUUCAGUUUUUAA